ACACUGGCUGGCUCGCAGGCAGGCAGCAAACAACCAACCAAGUCAACACCACACAACAGAACAGAAAUCAAAAAGAUUUCUUCGUUUCGUGAGCACAGAUGCAACGUGCUACUCACAGCAACUGGUCGCACGUUCGUUCUCCCUAUUUUUUUGCUUUUGCGAUACAAAAAUUUUCGUGACUAAAAAGAAAAGCGAAAAAUACACAAUUUUGCAAAAAAAAAAAAAAUAAUAGUAAAAAGAACGUAUAAACAACAACAAAAACGUAAAAAAGUACGUAACAAAAGAAAAUCGAGGAAAAGUUUUCGGCUUCAUCGGGUGUCUCGGUAAAAGGUACAAGUGCUUGUGAGUGUUAAAGUGAAUGUGUCGUAUUCGAAUAAAAAGAAAAUAAAAAAGGAAAAAACAAAAGUAACUAAAAGAAACGACACAUGGAAGAAAAGUGAAAUAAAACAAAAUAUAAAGAAAAACGCAGGAAAUCUUCGUCUGUUUCCUUUAUGUGACGAGAGUAUUGUUUAACAUACGUAACCGUGCACAUCUUACUUUGCAACAACUUAAGUUACGCUCCAUAAAAGGACAACAACAACAAUAACAAAAAAAAAAAACAACAAAUAAAUAAAACAACAACCGUAACUAAAAUGUAUUUAAAAGAAAAUCUAACAAAGUGUUAACGGAAAUUAAUCAAAAGCCAAAGGAAUAAAAGUAAAAUUGUAAUAUCUGUAAAUACACACACACACACACUCAAACAAAAACCUAAAAUGUUGUAUAUGGAGAGUUAAUCAACAAAAAUAAAAAGUAUGAGUGAGAGUGAGCGAAUGAGUGAUGAUAUUUAUUUAUUUAUUUAUUUAUAAAUGUUAGUGUGUUUGUGUAAUUCACGUGCUUUUUGUUUUUAAUAAAAUAACGGUAACGCGUGUGUAACGUAAAACUAACAACAACAGCAACUACAACUACAAGAAAAUUUAGUGUAAAUAAAAAAUUAAUUACAGGAAAGGAUCCUUAGAAUAAAAUCUUUAUAGAGACUACAUUAUAACGGUUAAUUAGACAAUUAACUGUCUUUGUUAUAAUUGUGUUCUACAGUCUAACGAAAUGUUUUUAUGCGAAUUGAUUACUCACAGAGAAUCCUGAUUACUAAAGCUACAAUAAAGCAAAAACUUACAACGAAAAAAAUAUUCUGCUAAAAAACAGUUUGCAAUAAAAAGAAAAUGUUGUCAAAAGCCAGAUUUACAGUGAACACAGCAAAAUUGAAACAAAAUUCUAAAACAGCUAAAUCAACAACAAAUUCAACAGAAACUUUAACUUUAUCGAAUACAACAGCAGCAGCAACAACAUCUACAGCAAUCUCCACAAUAAGAGCAACAAAAAGAACAACCUCAACAGCAGCAACAUCCAUAUUAACUAGAACAAGACCAAAUGCAGUAGUACCAACAACAACAACUGCAACAAAUAGUUGUGUUAUAAAUUAUCAACGUUGUUGUUGGCAUUUUUUACUUUGUUGCUAUUGUUGUCUUUUCAUUUGUAUCGUACAACAACAUGGCAUUCAAGCGGAAAUCUCUUCGGUUUCAGAUAUUUCCGGUGUUCUGUUGGGUGGCAGCAUUGGAGUUGGUGGAGGCGGUGGUGGUGGCAAUGCAGGUUCUACCAUUAAUAGCGGCAGCAUUAGUGCUUUGUUAAAUAAUUUUGAUGGUGCAGCUUCACAUUGUUCGUCACGUAAAUUCAAUAACAUGGCGAAAACAAUCGAUGAUGUUGAAGAUUUAGAAUUGGACGUGCCAGUGAAUAUUGCAUUCGAUAAUCGUCAAAGGAAAAGGUAAGUACAUUAUUCUCUUCUAAACUAUCAACAAAAAAAUCUUUCUUUUUAUUUGAAAUCC